UAAGCCUGUCAGCUGCAUUAGGAUUAAGUGACAGCGGUGAAUUACUGCUAUCCAUCAAUACUUACUGACAGAAGCAUGUAAAGCGUUCCACUAGCAUAAGACUGUUUGAAGAUAGCUGAGUUUCAAAUUCAGAAUUAUAAGAUUCCUUUUAUUUUAAGUUAGUGAUGCAAUAUCCACUAGGAGAUCAUGUCAAGAGGCUUGAUUGCACCGUUGCCCACAAAGUGAAAAGCGUCAUCUAUUGUGUAGUGCAGAUCACACUCUUUGAACAGCUGCCCGUGCUUGCGGUUUCUUUGUGCUCGAAGGCAAACUAUUGGGCUUUCAAUGUGGCACGUUUCCAACAAGUUCUAUUUCAAGUCAGUGCUACAUCGUCUUUCAGUGUUAAAGAUAGCAGUCGUAAGGUUAAGCUGCACAGUGGGAGUCAAGCCCAAAUUCGCGGCCGGAACCGAAAGCGCCGGCACAGUUUGAUAGCCAUCAAUCAAAAUUAAUCCCAUUUUUUUCCUAAAAUAGUCGUCGAAAACCACUGAAAUUAAUAGCUAACUGAAGACACGUUGGAUUAAAAAGCUUAAACGCAAGUCUUUGACGUUCGAUCGAGUUUUCAGAGAUGACUUUCGGCGGGAAUUCUUGUGACGGGGUACCAGCACCUGAUACCCUUCCAUUCAUAACAGCAGCACUUUCUCUUGGUCUUGCUCUCCUUACCAUACCUGGUAACUUUUUAGUUUGUUUGGCAGUGUUGACAGACCCGUACAAACGCUUGAGGACGCCAUUUACUUUCUUCGUGAUAAAUCUGGCCAUUUCAGAUCUGAUCGUGGGUAUGGUGGUGGAGCCACUAUCGAUAUACAUGCAUUUCCGCGAGGGAUUUUCCCUAAAGUUGAAUAACGUGUGGUCUAUCCACAUGUCCUACUUCAUCUCUUGCACCGCAUCAGUAUUGAAUCUCGCAGCCCUGACAGUUGAUCGCUUCACAGCCAUAAGUCAUCCUCUACAAUACCGAGCAAGACUGACCACCACACGCGCCUCCGUAAUUGCGGCUACAAUUUGGCUCGUCUCGUUCACUUUGCCCUUUAUUUACUUCGAAGUCGGAUAUUUACCUUAUACAUUUGUUUUCGCAAACACGGCCAUAGCGUUGACUUUGGUCAUAUUUCUGGCGACUUACGCUGGAUCCUUGAGAAAAAUGAGAGCUCAGGUUAUGGAGUGGAACAUGCUACGGAACAGCUCGCAAACAGAAGAAAACCGAGCAAAGAUUAGAGCAGCGGCUUUUGAGAGGAACAUUACGCAGGCGUUUGUUGUCAUGUUGGGGCUAUUUUUGUGUUGUUAUACGCCAUCGCUUGUCAUGAUAUACGUUAUGAAUCUGUGCUCGUCGUGCAGUUGUUACACAAUCCACGUCUGUCGUGACAUGCAGUUCGUCUUUGUUCUGUGUUCCUCGGGGUUGAAUCCUUUUAUUUAUGCCUGGCGUUUACCAAACUUCCGAAAAGCAUUUGUAAGGAUUCUGCGGUGGCGUAAAGAAAACGAAGAAGUACUUCCUGCAAACACAGUAAGCAUGGGCAAUACUGCCACACCAGCCGAGGGGUUCGCCUAACUAAAUGAUCGUAACGAUUAUACUGACUAAUAGUUCCACAAACGUUGUCAAAACCAGUGAAGAAAAAACAAAUACUCGAUUAAAGAAGGGGAAAAUCGUGUGUAGCAAUGAACUGCUAACUCUGAAAAAAAAAAAAAGAAAAAAACUUAAAGUAAUUUACCUUGUGUAACGCCACAGCCCACCACCAUAUUACCGUGUAACCUGGCUGAAGGUUACAAGCGUUCCCGUCUUUGAUUGAAAGAUUGUUACCGUUACUUAAGAGACAAACCUGUCUUUUGGUGUCAAGUCCUUUCUACAAUGGGGAAAAGUAAAGAAACAUCUGUGACGACGCCAAGGGUUGGAAUUUCACUGAAUAAUGCGUGCAAUAACACUGACUAGUUGUUCAGUUCAUGAAGUGCAAGUCCUUGUAAAGUGAUCCACAACAGAUCUCCUGGAAGUAGUCGCAAUUUCGGCAAUAAGUGAGGCUUGUGGGCAGAGGAUCAAAUAUCUUGCUUUGGUUCAAAGCUUACCAACCGCGUGUCUUGUGUUUAAUAGAGAUCGCAAAAGGUUGGCCCUCGUUUUAAAUACUUGGAAACCGAAAAUUAUUAAAUCUUUUUACCAUUUAACGGCGAAAAAUUUUCAUGCCACCCCGGCCUGACUUUUGGAAAAUUUGAAAAAUGUAUUUUUGUUAUUCGUUAGUGCUGCAGUAGUAGUCGCAAGUUUUAAAAGAUUUGUUGUCUACGAGGAUUUGAUGAAGCUCAAACAAAGAAAAAGUACCACAUUUCUUUUGGCGGUGGAGCGCCAUUUUACUUUUUCUUGCAAUUGGAAUACAGUGUUUAACAGGCUAAAGAGUUCAAAAAAGAAACUCGCCAGCAGCUGCAGUUUAGUGACAUAAACUUGAUGUGCCACCCAGAUUUAGAACUCACUUUAAGAAGAAGUUGUCUAAAAGGGUCAAUGUCAUGAGUAAGUUUGGAUGCACUUUUUUGCUGAACAAGAUGAGUACGUGCUCUGAAUUGUUCCUAAAAACAAUAGUUAUUUGUAUUUUUCAAAUAGAAUGAUCUCUAAACUACGUUUUGUUGUACUGUGAUAAAUUUUAUGUUCUUACCGUUUUCAAAAAUGUCGUAUCUAUUCAUCUGUUAAUGGUCAUUAAAAAGGGAAAAUGGUUACCAUUUUCAGGCGA